AAAAUCGAAGUUAACAAUGAUAGUCUUGAAUGCUGUCUCUACUUCUAAAUGAAGCAAUAAGGCAUAAUGUACACGUGCAUAACCCUUAAGCAUUAACAUUAUAACCGUUUUGUCCGGUGCCUAUUUACAGACAUUGCUGUCAAUGUUAAAUCAGCUGUACCAAGUGAGCAAACACCUUUCUAAAAACCGAAAUAUGUAAGCGUCCGCAUGACGUCGAAUGACGUUACGUUUAAAGUGAUGACGUUUAAAACAUAUUUUGUGACGUUUCACUCACCGGAAGACAAAAAUGACAGCAAAAGAUGGAUCUAAAAGGGAUAUUUAUUACGAGUUUGUUUAUUUAUUUGUCAUACAAAUUUAUUUUGAAGUUUGGCAAAGAACAAUUCGAUGAAGUCCUUCUCACACUGAAAAGAUAUCCCCAUGUCGAGUGUCCUAAAGGUUAUAUGUUGUAUAAAAUUCAAGUAGAGAAUAAUGUUUAUCACAUUCAAAUAAUGAAGGAAUAUUCUCAAACAAGGACACAGAUCGGGAAUUUUAGAAGAUGUGAACAGAUAAAUCUCCAAGGUAACGUUACUUGUGAUGGCAACAUUGACGGCACGACAAGAUCUUCCUGCAUCGUGUCAAAUCGUGGCGACGAAGAAAUCAUUCAAGAAGCAUGUGCAAAGGUUCGUUACAAAUUGGAUGUCAUAAACUACCUACCAGAUGAAUACGAGUCCGUACCAUCAAUUCUCAACAGGGUGCUGACGUAUUUUACAGAAGUGGUGUAUGGUUCCUCCCCUGACGUCACUGAUGUACUGGAGAGGGAGGCAGACUUGAGAGACUACGUCCUACUCCAGGGAAUCUUCCCGGGGACUCGCUGGUGCGGGUUUGGUAACCUCGCAGACGAUAUACACACUAAUGUAGGAGAACAUCAACGUACGGACUCAUGCUGUCGUUCCCACGACCUCUGUGAACCCAAGGUCCGGGCUCUACAGAAAAGGUACUAUUACAACAACCAGGGUAUCAUCCCAAUCAGCCACUGCAGCUGUGACGUCGACUUCUACAACUGCCUCAAGGGAGUUAACUCUCCCGUGUCCAACAAAAUCGGCAGGAUUUUCUUCAACAUAGUAAAGAUCAAAUGCUUCGAUUUUGCUGUCAGUGAUGUUUGCACGUUGGAGUUGAUGGGUGUAUGCCUCACGCGCGGACAGAAGUGUGCCGCCGUACUGAAGGGUAGUCCCUAUUACUGAACAUAUCUUCUAUUUUAAAUCGGAUAGAACCAACACUCUAUAGUUAAUUGUGUAGCAGCUUGACUUUUGGACGAGCCCUCUGCAAUAACACUGCUUGUGCUGUUUGGAUGCCGAAUCACAACAAAAAAAAAAUGAAAAAAAUGAAAAAAUGCGGAAGCAAGAUCAUUUCGAUGCAGGUCCGAUCUCCCGUAUAAAUAUUUAACAUUUCUGUGACGCAUGCUAUCAAAUUAUCUAUAGCUUGUUUUGCUGGCGGAGAAAUCUUCAAUGUAUACAAAUAACAUAAUAUUUUAACAGACAUAUCAUCUAAUUAAAUAUAUCUAUAAUAUGAAUGGUGCAUGUCUUCGCUGUCCCCGAAAAGCUGCAUAAUCUAUUAAGAUACAUACAGUACUGUGGAUGGAAGUCAUGCUUAUUUUUUCGGUUUUUUCUUUUCUCUUUUUCAAUUUGCGUCAUGCUCCAAAGGCAUUAUUUUAAUGAUUGAAAGAAUGAAUUUGGAUGAUUCACACAUACGUUACGAGAAAAGGCUCACAAUAUAUAAUGGUUUGCAGGUUUUUUUGUACAGAAAAUCUUCUUUGUAUUCAAAUUGCAAAAUUAUUUUUUUCAAGACAUCUAAACAUAUUAAGUAACACUAAAGUAUUAAUAAUGUUUGUCCGCUCUGUCUUUGUUAUUCGUUUAGACUACUAUAGGUUGAAAGAAAUUAUUUUCAGCAGAACUAUAAGGCACAUCUGUCUUGGCUAACGGUCGUUUCUUCAUAAUAGGUGAAGCCUGAGGAAACUUAUAAAGUUAAUCAUGUCUUUUAUCAACUUUUUCUUGCUCCUUUAAUUAGACAUUGUUUUAAUGGCCCAAACAAUAAAUAAAAUUAGAUGUUUCACGCAUACAAAUUUCUAGUUAAGACCUAACUUAAACAUUAAACAGAUGUGUAUAACUUUGUAUAAUGUGGAAAACAUCAUUUUCUCGGUCCAAGACAUAUCUACCUUUACAGGUCGAUUGACAAGUGACAAUGGUCAAAGGUGCGUUUUUUUUUCUAAUUUCUCUGUGCCAGUCCCCUCAAAAUGUAUAACAGUAAAAAUAUAAUAAAAACUGUCAUGCAUUCAAAGAAA